AUAAUUGAUAAAACAUUUCUUAAUGUGCUAAAUGAUGAGUGUAAAUCUUAAUCCUUUUUAGUGAGAUAUGAAUAUGUCUCCUUUUUUCCUAUUACCCAAGAAAUAAAAUAAUAGUGUGAAUUAAUAAAAGUUCCAAAAAAGCUAUAAAGGUGAAAAUAUCAAGAAUUUUAAAACCUUGGUGAAACUUGGAAUUUUUCUAUAAAUCUAAGUUUUAACCCUAUUAAAAUGGCUGUUAAUAAUAUAUUGACUGGUGAAGACCUAGUAAAAAAAGGAGUAACUAGGUUAGAGGCAAAUUUACCUGAGCUUGGUUUAAAAGAUGUUGUUCCAAAUGGCUCUUGGUUAGAGAGUAAACAGAUUCAAGCUGCUUUGGAAGAGAAAAAACAUUUAAUUGAAGUCGAAAGGAUUGAAAAAAGAGGGUCCUUAAGUCAAGCUGAUUGGCAGGACAAUCUAAGCCUAGCUGAAGUAACCCAGAAAGUUGGAGGUUACUGGCAAUAUCUUGGACAUAAUGUAGGACCAACUCUAUAUCUUAAGCCUGAAGAAGCUUUGUUUUUAAUGGAAAUUAAUUGUCUUCAAUUAAAUUAUGGUGGUGUUAAGGUUUCAUUGCAACAGGCUUACUCUCUGCUUCUCUGUGAAGAACUAAAUUUACUAAAAUAUAAAGUGUAUGCAUCACUUAGCAGAGUGGGAUACAAAGUGCUUAGACACAAAUCAUCUUCAGAAAGUUUGACCCAACUGCAUAAGGUAACUGAAGCGAAAAAAAAUACAGUUUCAGUAAUGUCUGAAUAUAAUAAUGAAAAAUCUAAGGAAACUAAUCCACUAAGUAACGAUUUUAAUACAGAUUGUGAUGGAACUUUAAAAAUAAUAGAUUCUGAAACAAAUAAAAUCUCUAUAGAUAGUAACUGUUCUAUGCACACACAUGAUGACAAACUGGAUAGUAAAACAUCGGAAACAUACAACAAUAUUAUUGAAUCCUAUCAUAAUAAAAUUGAUAAAUUAAAAAACAGAGUCACAAAACCUACCAGAAAUGAACAUCUAAAUAAAUUCUUUAAUGACAUACCAGAAUUAUUGGGAAAACAAGUUGUUACCCUUAAAGUACCAGAGGCAAAAUUUUUACCAGAUAAUAUGAAAUUAAAAGAAACAUAUACUAUUAACUUACAAAACCUCAACAAAAAAUACAUAAGAACGAGUAAUCGAACCUACAGCCUUGGUGAUGAAGUUAACAAUAGCCAUGUAGGAAGGUUACAAUCAGAUUCAAAUAAUCUCAAAGAUAACAUAAGUCUACUCACUACUCAAGCACAAAAUAGUGUUUAUAGACAAACUAGUUCACAAGGCCAGAAUAGUACUGAAACGGAAAGUAGGUCUCAAAGUUCAAAUAGUAUUUGUAAUAAUUAUGAUGAAGUUUUCUAUUCAAGGUCCCAAAAUUCAAACUAUAUUACCUUCAAUAUGAUUUUUGAUAAUACCUUAAAUCAUGUAUAUUUUCCAUAUCACUGCUAUGGACCUCAGGUAUGCCCUGGGCCAAGUUUAAGUUUUUACAACUCCAGGAUAUAUGGAAAUAGAAUGCAAAAUUCAACUAUACAAAGAAGCAGAGGAAAUCACCUGCAAAGGAUUAAAGAUCUUGCAGGAAGACUGAAAAUUCUUGUGUCGAGGGGAAAUUGUAAUAAAGAUCAUAUUCGUGCACUGAAGAAUCUUCUAAAAACUUAUAAUUCCAGAUACAAAACAAAACUGAGACUUAGCUGUGAUUUUGAAAUAUUAACUGAAGCAAGUGUUGUUGCACAAAUUGAUUUAGACCAAGAUGAUGAUGAACCACAAAACAAAAGGCAGAAAACAAAUAACUCCUUUGAAGAAAAUCUCCAUGCUAUUACAGAAAUGGCUUUAGAACUUAAAGAUUUAGAGAUUAAUGGAAAAGCAACUGCUAGUCAUCGAAGAAGCAUUUCAAAACUUAUAAAAACAUUUAAUGACAGUUACAAUGUUGAAUAUUAUUUGACACCAGGAUAUGAAGUUUUAAAUCGAGCAGAUCUUUCUCCUAUUACUAAUUAUGUAAUAGAUAGCGAAGAAGAAAAUGUAAAUAAAUCUGAAAAACCCAAGAAAAGCAAGAAAUUCAGGAAUCCCUAUAAUAUUCUUAAGAGAUUAUCUAAAAAUCAAGGUGCAGGUUCGUCAAAAAGCCAUUCUCUUUCAAGACUUAUGAAAAACACUGAGUUUAAAAAUAGAAGCGAAAUUGAAAGCUGGACUCCUAAUGAUAAUAAUUUUGAACAAAUCGAGAUACCUAGUAAAAUUGGUGAUCCCUUGUUUGAUUCAAGAAAAACGCAAAUGCUCUAUGAAUUUAUAAAAUUUAAACCCAACUUUUUAAAUUGGGGUCAAGCAAAGGUAGCAUUUCUAGAAAGUCUUAUGGAAACAAUUGCAGAGUUUAGCCAAACAUCAAAUCUUCAGAAUGACAUUGAUGAAGAUUGUCUACUUUCAUCUGAUUGCGGAAAUGUUAAAGCUGUAAUGGAUAAAUUAAGAAUCAUCAAAACAAAUAAAGAAGCUAGUUCCGAAUGCCCGCUACACAUAGAUUUUGAUGUUUACAAUAGAAAUGUAGAGAAUUAUAAAAAAAAGAAUCCGCCAAAACCACAUUUUAGAGUAAUUUGCCUUGACGAAUCUCUUGAAAUACCAUCAGCAUCAGAGGUUGAAGCUCUCCAAUCUCGAUAUGAAGACAACAUACCUAUAGUCUUCGCUUUAGUCAGUAGCAGCUCCAUCUCUUACUUACAAGUAAAAUCAACUGAGAUACCAAUAUAUGAACCCUCUAGUGAUCAGUAAGUGUACUCUGAAAUCGUUAUCAGCUGGUCUGACUAUACAAGGGUAACUUUUGGAACUUUAUUUCUUUACUAAAGUUGAAGAACUUUAAUGCAAUCACUAGACUAGAAAGAUAGUGUAAUAGUGUAAGAAGUGGAUAAAUGACUGUCUCAAUGUUAUUUUAAAGUGUGUUUAAGUAAUUUUUGUUGUGUUAAUUUAUUUAUACAACAUGCUUAUUAGGUAACUAAAAUGUUUUUUCCUUAUUAGUCAGCCAUAAGGACAGCAAAUUUCAGUGAAAAACAUUUUUUUUUCUAUUCUUUAGCUAAUGUCGGUUGAGUAUGUGUCUGUCAUCUUUUAAUGUUCCUAUUUAUAAAAACAUAUUAGUAUAACAAGCUACCAUACUUAUACUAUAAUUAUAAUAAGAAUAAUUUAUUUCUAUAAUUAUAAAUAUAUUAUUGAAUAUACUACAUAAUAUACAUGUCCAGUAUCUUAUUAAGCUUUUUGAUUUGGAGAUUUUGUCGAAGGCCUAAACUAGCGUCUGGAUGCAUAUUCAUUGUAUUUAAUUAAUUAAAAUUUUGUGUUUAAUUUAAUGAAAAUUUGUAUGAAGAUAAGCAAACGUGUAAUUCGAGUGCUUUCGUUUACAUAAGUAUUGUAGUUUGUUACCAAAUUAAGAAUUAGAGUAAAUUUAUUAGAUGACAUUUAACGUCUACCAGUUUUAGCUUCAUUGAUGACGUCCCAACUCUAUAUUCUGUGUUUUUAACUGAACUACUCAUUAGUCGAAAGUAAUUUUUUAAAGUGAAAUUUUUAUUACAUCGUCCCAAACUUUUUGGUCUGUGUGGCGCAUGUCGCGUGACGGUCGGCCGCGGAGUAGGGACAAAGUGAAAAGCGCUCAUCAUAGCAGCCAAGGCCAAUACGGCGGCGCGUGACCGUGUAGUGUAUAUGUUACAGUCACAGUGAUUAAAUAGAUAUUAUACAUAAUGACUGGUCAUUAUAUAUAAUAACAAAAUUGACUAGACAAUAUGAUAAAUUAAUCACUUCAUCCGGAUAUUAUUUAUAAUAGCGGGUCAAAGUUAGCCAAAGUAAUAAAUACGGUCUAACUGACUUGUUACCCCUCCCGCUCUUCAUCUUUUAGUUCAUUUUAAAUAUUUUAUUAUUGUAGUCUUCAACGAUAGAUACCAAAUACUUGUAUUAAUCUGUCCUUUUUUGUUGUUUUUAACGGCUAGUAAGCUUUAAGUUUACUUUAUAAAGUUUAAUUACAUUAUAACAAUGUUAAUUAAUGUAGAAUUAUUAUCUAUGGCAAUGUCAUUUUAAUUCUUAAUAUAAACCUUAACAGUACCGACUUGUUUUAUUACAUUAUCCAAGUCUUUGAAGAUAUUAUAUAAAAUUGCUAGUUAAUGUGAUUAUUUCCGUGUCAAUUAUCACUUUAUCUUAAUUGAGUAGACAUUAUAAAUAAUGGUUAGAUAAUACACAUAAUAUCCAGAUUAAUUACUUUGGCUGUAACAUAUACACUAUUAUUCAUUCGUGCCAGUGCUCCAGGCUAUUUCGUUUGUUUUUGUCAGUGUUUGUUUAUUUAAUAU